CAGAGAUCGACAGACGAAAAGACAGAAAGAGUUCUUGGAACUGGAAGUGAGGUCUUUUCGUUCUUUGUUCGAUGAUUUUCGUCAUGCGACGUGAUCAUCGUUUGUUAUAGUCUCUAGCAGGUUGUACUUGUGGUACUAGGUGCAUAAGUACUUGUACAACAACUUCGCCUUCGGGGUGUUUUAGUAUAAUCGUGUGGUCUGCUCCAGCUCCUGUAUAUGACAUAAAAUACAGCGUCAAGUCUCAAGACAACUUCUAUUCAACAUUCACUUACAUUUUUUCGACGUAAACUUACUACGACUCUAUCAACAAAAUGGUGAAAAAAGCUACUGGUUCGGUUAAGCGAGCCCCCGGCUCCUCCAAAAAGCUGAAAGUGACGAAGCAGGGCGAAACGCAACUCCCGAAGGGCACUGUGGUCAUCGAAGGCACCGGCGACCGUGGCGACAUCCCUGACGAUGGCGCUUUCGCCGACCCGACUAAAGCCGUCCUCAGACCCAGAAACGAGGGCGAAUCCAUCAAGAUCAAGGAGACCGUGUUGGCCCGUCGUGACCGCAAUCUGAAGGCCAAGGCAGCCAACGCAGCAAAGAUCCAGGAAGAGCGCAAGAAGAAAGUACAAAAGCGACUCGCAGACAAGCUUGUCACGCCAGCACGACUGCUGAAGGACUCAGAGGUGCGACGCAAGGAUCACUUGAGGUUGAAGCGAGUGCAUCGUGCGAAGAAGCAGAAAGUGAACGAAGCAAACGGCAAGAUCCUUUUGGUGGUGCGCAACAAGCGAAAAAACCCAACGCCAGCUGUGUUGAAGAUAUUGAAGAGAUUGCAGUUGGAGGUACACCUCACAUAAAUAUACAUAGAUACACUACAUUUUUUCAGAAUCGGAUGUUGAUUCAUCCUUUUCCUGUCGUUCUUGUUCAAUGAUCUGCUAAAAUAUGAAGAACUCUACUGCGAAGACUUUGCAAACAACUGUUUGCUCAGCACUCUGUCACUGACUUAAUUCCGGUCACAAUCCCAACACCAGAACCACAAUACGGUAACCUUUGUGCCAUAUGACGAAGCCACAUGCUUGGAACUCAAAGUUAUCGAGCCAUUUGUGUAUUGGGGAUACCCGAGUAUGAAGAUAGUAAACGAACUACUUCACAAAAAGGCGACUUUCCGAACCAGCGCCAAUGAGAAGGUACUAAUGAGAAGAUGUUUUUAUUUGGAUCAAAUUUUAUUUAGACAUCUUCUAUGGAUGUGCAGCUGCAGUUAUCGAUUUUUAUAUUUUUGAGUUCAACAUACUAAUGCUUAGAUGAUGCAGUAUUUCGAUUUCGUGAUUUAAAUCUUACAAUCGCAUCUUCUUCAAACAUCGCAAACUCCCUUCCGAGGCAAUUCAGGUCACCCUCUCCAACAACGCACUCGUUGAAGAACACUUAGGGGAUAUUGGCGUUCUCUGUGUCGAGGAUAUUGUGCAAACCAUUUAUAGACGCCCUUCCGAUGCGGAUUUUCAGACAGUGAUGGCCAGGCUAUGGCCCAUCGACCUCGGAGAUUACACCAAGAAGAUCGCAGAGGGCUUUGAACCGGAAUUCAAGAAGCUCCACUUCGGCAAUGUGUCGAGGAAGGUUAAUAAGAUUAUUGAGGAGGUGUUGUAAGGUGGGGAUUGUACAUCUGCAUAAUGGGAAAAGGUUGGGAUUGAAGGACGACACCGACACUCUAAAUUCACCACACUUAUUUUUCCCUGGGAAUAUAAGCAAGAACGAACCGCAUUUUACAGGAGCGUGAACAAUUCCUGAUGACGUACUGCAUCGAUUUCAACAAAUUGAAAGAGAAAUAAAAGCCAA